AGAGAAUGUGGUCUUCUUCGGUGAUCCCCACUUUUCUCUUCCUGAGCGUUUUUCCUGUGGGCUUGGCCCCAGAUCCAGGGUCAACCACCCAGGGAAAUGACAUCUACCCCCCUUUUUGGGACCAAACUGAUGGAGACAUCGCAGAAUUUCCAGUGCAGAAUAACAAGAUAAUCGUUGAUCUCUGGAAAUAUAUGGAUCGACUAAGAAUAUAUAAGAUCCUUAUAAGAGAAUCAAACAAAUAUUUUGCUUCAUUUGGUAAAAACAACACAGGCAAUGUGUUUUGGGCACUGACUUUACUUUAUGGAAGGCUAUUUGAAACAGGUAGAUUUUCAGAGCCUCCCAAUAGUUCACGGUGUGCCUAUGAGUCUGGAGUCUCCAGUUGCAUAUCUAUCAACAGUGCCUGGGGAGGCAUUAGCUUCUAUGUGGUUAUUGCGUAUUUCCUUGGUGCAAUUGAAUCUGAGUUUUUGGGGAAUUUGCCAUAUGAGGUAGAGUUACUACCUCGAGAGGAGUACAGAUCUAACUUCUGUUAUUCAGUUGAGGAAUGCCGUGCAGCCUAUCCACAAAUUAUGGAUAUAGCCAACAGGUUUUAUAAGUAUCUGCAAUCCAGAAAGAUAGUUUCCACUACCGGAGGUAUUCCUCAGUAUGACACAGAUGAGGACACAGCGAUCUUUAAGAUGUGGGCGGCCCAUCAAGCUGCCAUUGAUGUGGCAAAGCCGAAGUUCAGUGAUGUGUAAGAGAAUUGCUUUAUGUGAUGUAAUUAAACUCAUUUUUUUUUCUGGCAUAGUAAAACAUAAUGUUUAAGUUUUGGUUGCCUCAAAUGUUCAUAGCUCAUAUUUUCCAUAAUAUCAGGAAAUAGCUUUUCCACUUUUACUUGCAGUUCAUCUAAGAGUCACAUAUCAGCUAUAUAUCUUGAAUGUAGCUUUUCUUAGUUUAUACUUGUCAGUUCACUCUUUCAAUUAUGUCUCCUUAAUUUGAAAAUUUUUCAGUGUAGACCAAUUUAUUAAUUGUUUUCCUUUACUAUUUAAUACUUUUUCUGGU